UGGAAAGAUUUUGCUCUGUAGAAUAUUUCCAGUUUAGGCGCCAAAAUCCUACAGUUUAAACAAGUAGUCUGCCUGUCAAGACCAGCACUGUUUCGAUAACAGAACUGUAAGAUUGACAGCAAAUGGGCGUUCCCUACGUUUGGACAGACGUCACAUCCGAUUGGAUGUCGUCACAUCCUGUUUGUCAGCUUUACUGAGAUCUUGGUACAAGCAGUGUAUCGUCUCAGACACAACAUUUACAACACACCAAGAACAUUCAAGAGACGAUGUCGUCAUUUCCGGGAUCAAUAUUUCCACCGGAAAAGGAUCCCUCCGUGGCAAUAUCUCCUCCCUUCCCAGUUACCACUUCGCUGGAGAAAACAGUCUGGUUUCCAACGGUGCACCUCAUUCUCGCUGCUGUUGGAUCUUUUGCAAACGCUCUCGUCAUCUACAUCAUAGCGAAGAAACCAAAGAUGAGGACCUAUCCAAAUAUCUUCGUCUUGAACUUGGCAGUGGCCGACUUCGUCUUUUGCACGGUGGCAACGCCCUUAACUUGGGUCGUAAUAUUGCUGGAGUUGUUCGGCGGGUGGCUUCAACAUGUAACGUUUGUUAGCUACGACAUGUGUUCCUUCGUCAGCGUGCUAUGUCUCACAACACUGAGUAUAGAACGUUACCAGGCUAUUUCAGACCCGAUAGGCCACAUGGACCGCAGCUCGAGGAAGCGUGCUUGGGUCAUAAACACGUGUUUAUGGGUGUUAGCACUUGUGUUAAGUAUUUUGGGAUAUAUCUUUAUAUUCUUACCAGCGACAUCUCGAGAUAUGCAAUCUCAAGACCUUAUCAGCAAGGAUCUUGCAACGACACUUUUUAGUUUCCUUCUUUCUUUUGUAAUACCUUUAGUAAUAAUUGUCAUCUUCUACGUGCUUUUGUUCAAGACCUUAAGGCAAAAUAGGGGUCUACCUGUAGGUUCUAGGAGUGACAUUAAGUCACGUAACCGUGUAACUAGGAUGGUGACCGCCGUUGUGGUAGCCUUUGUUGUAUCCUGGCUGCCAGGACACAUUAUAAACUUGGUGUACGUCUCAAACGCAAUGAUGGACAAUAAGGCAUUGUCCUACGCUACAUGGGCGUGCUUCAUGCUACAGAUCGUCAACUCUGUCUCCAACCCGUUUCUGUACGCUCUACUCGGAGAGAGGUUUGGAUUCUACAUCCGGGGCAUCAUGUGUGGGAAGGGUGUGUGUAAACAAGGUGACAGCGAUGGGAGAAAACAACAAAGGAAAAAACAAGACAACGGACAAACAACAAAUAGAGAGACAGCUUCAACAAAUCUUUGAUUUUAGGUCAGGCGUGCUCUUUUUUUCCUCUGCAUCUGCUAUUUUGAUGUAUGAAUUGUUCAGCAAAUAUCAAUGGGGUGAUGGUCAUCUUCUAAGCAGGUUAUGUCAACGUUAUCAAUAAAAA